AUGCUCGAGGCUUGGGGCGUUUGGCCUCCGCCUACUCUUCCCAGCCUUGGCUGGUUUCUUAUCAGUGGUGGAUGCUGUGGCCUUGGUCUCGUAUCUGCCGCUUGGCUGGUGACACAGGGGGUUACACACUUAGCGCUGCUGUCCCGCACUGGUCAGUGCAAGGAAAACGCGCAGAGGCAAGCUCUGGAAGAAUUGUGCGAAGCCCCCGAUCUCCAAGUCUGUCUUCGACCAUGCGACGUCUCCAUCCGGAAGGAGGUGGAUGAAAUGCUGGCUGCUCUGAAAGACUGCGAUGCAGUGUCGGUCAAAGGUGUCUUGCAUGCAGCGGGCGUGCUACAGGACCACGCAAUCGCCCACCUGGAGUCCGACCACCUCGCCACUGUGAUUUCGCCCAAAAUGGAUGGCGCUAUCAAUCUGCACGAAUCCUUGUCCUCGGCAGACAUCGAGCACUUUCUGCUUUUUUCGUCAGUUGCUGCGCUGCUGGGCUCACCAGGGCAGGGCAACUAUGCAGCUGCGAAUUCAUUCCUGGAUUCCUUCGCCUUGUUCCGGCAAGCAAGAGGUUUGCCUGCACUCAGUGUGCAGUGGGGGCCGUGGGCAGAUGUGGGUAUGGCUGCUCGAAGCGGAGUGGGAGGACCCGGCUUCUGGGCACCCAAGAUAUCUCCCGGCAAUGCCCUGCAGGCACUUUCGGCGGUCAUCGCGGCUGGCAGAGGGCCGGCGUCAUCUGCAGCACUCAGCAUCACUCGCGUUAACUGGUCCGCUCUGCUGAAGCGCAUGUCCUCGGUUCCACCGGCCUGGGCAGAUUGGAAGUCGCACUGGGAGCGUCCAGUACGAACGGCCGCUUCUCCAGUUCGGCCGCUUCGGCCAUGGACCUGGACUGGCACAGACGCAGACAUCCGAAGUCUACAAGGACAGAGGCGGCCCUUAAGGAUGUCGACAGGUGAGGGGGGCAGCGGGGGCAUUCCAUUUGGGCUCGGGCUGGGAGGUUUCUCCUCCUUCGGCAUCACAGGAGCACCGGGCUUCUCUCGCCUGCCCGAGAGAGCGUCCCGAAGGCCUGCGCCGCAGACGCAAGGAUCGAAAAGUGAAGGGACAGAUUCAGGCUCCGCCUCGAGCGACUCGGAGUCGCCUGAUGGCAUGGGAGGGGGAGCUCUCGGACUUUGA